AUGGGUCCAAAAAUGGCAGAUGAAGAAACAUUAAAAUUUCAAUUAGACAAAAAUGAAAGAAAUAUUGAGGAGGAGGAGGAAGGCAGACCUAUUAUAGUUAAUUUUGAAGGGGGAGGAUGUGAAGAAGGAGGGAGUGAUGAGGAAGAAGAAGAUGAAGAGGAUGUUAACAGAGAUUAUAAAAAUAUAAGUAGUAAUAGCAGCAUUGAAGCCCCUUCUACGAAUGUAGUAGAUUGUUAUACUUCAGCUUUAAAUAAUUUAGUAAGAGAUAAUGAAGAGAAUAAUGAAGGGAAUAAUAGUAGACAUUAUUUUGGGAAUUAUACUCGUUAUUUGGUAAGGGUUUUUUAA